CUCUUUUGCUUUCAAAGACUCUUCAUUCAAUUGCGCACUUUUGCAAACCCUACUUCUCUGCUCUUCGAUCUCGUUCCUCCUCGAGAAGCCAUUAGAGGGCGAGCUUGAAGCUUGGAGAGAGGGCGAGGAUGAUGGAGGUUGGGGAAGAGUAUGGUAGUGGAGGGAUGGCGAUGGAUGAUGUCUCGGAAGAGGAGGAGAUAACGCAGGAGGACGCUUGGGCGGUGAUCAGCGCCUAUUUUGAAGAGAAGGGCCUGGUGCGGCAGCAGCUUGAUUCUUUUGAUGAGUUUAUCCAGAACACCAUGCAGGAGAUUGUUGAUGAAUCGGCUGAUAUCGAGAUCCGCCCUGAGUCCCAACACAACCCCGCUCGCCAGCAAGAUUACCUCGAGACUAUCUACAAGAUAAGUUUCGGGCAAAUAUAUUUGAGUAGGCCUAUGAUGACUGAAUCGGAUGGAGAAACUGCCACUCUGUUUCCUAAAGCUGCAAGAUUGCGGAACCUGACAUAUUCAGCUCCAUUAUAUGUGGAUGUCACUAAAAAGAUCAUCAGGAAGGGCCUUGAUUGUGAAGAAGUGACUGAGACCCAAGAUUUUGCAAAAGUGUUCAUUGGAAAGGUUCCUAUUAUGUUACGUUCUAGUUACUGCACAUUGUUUCAAAAUUCAGAAAAGGACCUUACAGAACUUGGAGAAUGUCCAUAUGACCAAGGAGGAUACUUCAUCAUUAAUGGAAGUGAGAAGGUCCUGAUUGCACAGGAAAAGAUGAGUACAAAUCAUGUCUAUGUUUUCAAGAAAAGGCAGCCUAACAAGUAUGCAUAUGUAGCUGAAGUAAGAUCCAUGGCAGAGUCUCAGAAUAGGCCUGCAAGUAGCAUGUUUGUGCGAAUGCUUUCUCGCACAAGUGCUAAAGGGGGUUCUUCGGGACAGUAUAUUCGGGCAACUCUUCCAUAUAUUCGGGCAGAUAUCCCAAUAAUUAUUGUUUUCAGAGCAUUGGGUUUUGUGGCUGACAGAGAUAUAUUGGAGCAUAUAUGCUAUGAUUUCUCAGACACACAAAUGAUGGAACUACUGCGACCAUCAUUAGAAGAAGCCUUCGUCAUACAAAAUCAGCAGGUUGCAUUAGACUAUAUAGGAAAGCGAGGGGCAACUGUUGGGGUGACAAGGGAGAAAAGGAUCAAGUAUGCUAAAGAGAUCCUUCAAAAAGAAAUGCUCCCCCAUGUUGGUGUUGGGGAGUAUUGUGAAACAAAGAAAGCUUAUUAUUUUGGGUAUAUCAUCCAUCGGCUUUUAUUAUGUGCACUUGGCCGAAGACCUGAAGAUGAUAGGGAUCAUUAUGGCAAUAAAAGGCUUGAUCUUGCUGGACCUUUGCUUGGGGGCUUAUUCAGAAUGCUAUUCAGAAAAUUGACUAGGGAUGUCAGAUCCUAUGUCCAAAAGUGUGUUGAUAACAAUAAAGAUGUCAACUUGCAAUUUGCAAUUAAAGCUAAAACCAUUACUAGUGGUCUCAAGUAUUCUCUUGCCACUGGAAAUUGGGGACAAGCCAAUCAAGCUGGUACUAGAGCAGGUGUUUCACAGGUGUUGAAUCGCCUCACAUUUGCUUCUACUCUCUCUCAUUUACGAAGAUUAAACUCUCCCAUAGGCCGUGAAGGUAAGCUGGCAAAACCCCGACAGCUGCAUAAUUCUCACUGGGGAAUGAUGUGUCCUGCUGAAACUCCUGAAGGACAAGCUUGUGGUCUUGUGAAAAAUCUAGCCUUAAUGGUGUACAUAACAGUUGGGUCAGCUGCAAACCCUCUUUUGGAGUUUUUGGAAGAAUGGAGUACAGAAAACUUUGAGGAAAUAUCUCCUGCGGUUAUUCCUCAAGCUACCAAGAUUUUUGUUAAUGGUUGUUGGGUUGGCAUUCAUCGCAAUCCUGAUCUCUUGGUGAAAACUCUAAGGAAGUUGAGGAGACAGAUUGACAUCAACACUGAAGUAGGAGUCAUACGUGAUAUUCGGUUGAAAGAAUUGCGGCUUUACACAGACUAUGGUCGUUGCAGUCGCCCACUUUUUAUUGUGGAAAAACAAAGGCUGCUGAUAAAGAAAAAGGAUAUUAGAGCUCUUCAAGAAAGGGAAACUUCGGAAGAAGGUUGGCAUGAUCUUGUUGCAAAAGGAUUCAUAGAGUACAUAGACACUGAGGAAGAAGAGACUACAAUGAUUUCCAUGACCAUUAACGAUCUUGUAAAUGCAAGGCAGAAUCCAGAGGAGGCAUACUCUGACACGUAUACUCAUUGUGAGAUUCAUCCAUCAUUGAUUUUGGGUGUUUGUGCGUCUAUCAUUCCUUUUCCUGACCACAACCAGUCACCCCGUAACACAUACCAGUCAGCAAUGGGCAAACAAGCUAUGGGUAUUUAUGUGACAAACUACCAAUUACGAAUGGACACUUUGGCCUAUGUGUUAUACUAUCCACAGAAACCACUGGUUACUACUCGUGCCAUGGAACAUUUGCACUUUAGGCAACUACCUGCAGGCAUUAAUGCAAUUGUUGCAAUUGCAUGUUAUUCUGGUUACAACCAAGAAGAUUCUGUCAUCAUGAACCAAUCUUCGAUUGAUCGUGGGUUCUUUCGGUCUCUUUUCUUCCGUUCAUACAGAGAUGAAGAAAAGAAGAUGGGAACUCUGGUCAAAGAGGAUUUUGGGAAACCAAACAGGGAAAAUACAAUGGGCAUGCGACAUGGGUCUUAUGACAAAUUGGAUGACGAUGGUCUUGCACCUCCUGGUACGAGAGUUUCUGGAGAAGAUGUCAUUAUUGGCAAAACAUCUCCAAUUCCCCAGGAUGAGAGUCAAGGGCAAGCUUCAAGAUACACCAGGCGUGAUCACAGUACCAGUUUACGUCAUAGUGAAAGUGGGAUGGUUGAUCAGGUUCUAUUGACAACGAAUGCUGAUGGUUUGAGGUUCGUCAAAGUAAGAAUGAGAUCUGUCCGGAUACCCCAAAUUGGGGAUAAGUUUAGCAGUAGACACGGUCAAAAAGGAACAGUUGGCAUGACUUAUACACAGGAAGAUAUGCCAUGGACAGUAGAGGGCAUUACACCUGAUAUUAUAGUGAAUCCUCAUGCCAUUCCCUCCCGAAUGACAAUUGGUCAACUCAUUGAGUGUAUUAUGGGGAAGGUUGCUGCUCAUAUGGGUAAGGAGGGUGAUGCUACUCCUUUCACUGAUGUCACGGUGGAUAAUAUUAGCAAAGCUCUUCAUAAAUGUGGAUAUCAGAUGCGCGGCUUUGAGACAAUGUACAAUGGCCACACAGGACGGAAGUUGACCGCUAUGAUAUUUCUUGGACCGACUUACUAUCAAAGGCUGAAGCACAUGGUUGAUGAUAAAAUCCACUCUCGUGGCCGUGGGCCUGUGCAGAUCCUCACAAGACAACCAGCAGAAGGUCGUUCUCGUGAUGGAGGCCUGCGCUUUGGGGAGAUGGAACGAGAUUGCAUGAUUGCACACGGAGCAGCACAUUUCCUGAAAGAACGCCUGUUCGAUCAGAGCGAUGCUUACAGAGUUCAUGUCUGUGAGAAAUGCGGCCUCAUCGCUAUCGCCAACCUGAAGAAGAACUCCUUCGAGUGCAGAGGUUGCAAGAACAAGACUGACAUUGUCCAAGUGCAUAUUCCGUACGCUUGUAAGCUUCUUUUCCAAGAACUCAUGGCCAUGGCGAUUGCUCCACGAAUGCUUACAAAAGAAGUCAAACCAACGAAAGAUCAAAAGAAGAAAUCAACUUGAUCUGUGCCGAUCAUUACCCAAGUUUUUUCGACAUAAACUGUGCUGACAAUGCAUGCAUGUGAUCUUCUCAAGGUUCAUAGACUAGUAAGAGUCAUUAUUCCCCAUCUUUGUUUGAAAUUAGUGUAUCGUCAUCGCAAAAAAGGAUGAACAAGUUGAACAAUAUAGUCUUGAGGAUCGAACUAGUGACUAAAUAUGUUCUGUUCUUACAACUUUGUAUUUAAUGACUCAUAGUUGAAAUUGGCACACAAUCAAAAAGCUGUUGAAACAUUGGCCUGUAUGUAUGUUUUGUGCCUUUUAUCCACUGAAGAGUUUGUCU